AUCGAAUGCAAUGGAGGCUGAGUCAACCGAAGCUGAUGGAACUGCGUAUGCAAAUAGAUUAUGUGCUGGAGAAAAAAACCAUCCGCCCAUCCACGUCACCCUACGCCGCGCCGAUUCUCUUCACCCCUAAAAAGGACGGAGGGCUUCGGAUGUGUACCGACUAUCGCGCGCUCAACAACAUCACCAUCAAGUCGCGUUUCCCGAUUCCACACGCCGAUGAUCUAAUCGACCAACUUCGCGGGGCCAUGAUUUUUUCCAACAUUGAUCUACGCAGGGUUACCACCAAAUUCGUGUUGCCGAAGCUGAUAUUCCGAAAACUGCCUUUCGAACCCGUUACGGAAGUUACGACUGCGUUUGACCAAUUGAAGACUUUUCUCAUGACCCCACCCGUCCUUCGUAUCGCCGACCCCAACCGUCCGUACGAAGUGGUUACGGACGACAGCGACAUCGCCAUUGGCGCGGUACUGUUACAAGACUUUGGCGACAAUUCAUUGGCUCGAAUAUCUCGAUAUGAUACACGUCUCCAUCUCUCCACGGCUUACCACCCACAGAUCGACGGUCAAACUGAACAGACAAAUCAAACCAUGAAGCAGCUGAUACGGACAACCUGUACCGACCUGGUCCAAUGGGAAGAUUCCCACCCUUUGAUCGAUUUUGCAUAUAACAGUGCCCCUUCAUCCACGACUGCCCAAUCACCGUUCUACCUGAACUACGGUCUAAACCCCACAACUCCCACUACACCCUUAGUCUGAAGACGACCAUUCCCUAUUCUU